AUGGGUGCUCCGGCUACGAGUUCCAUACAAGUCGCGACCGAUGUCACAGCGACUCGAAAAGGGAGUUCCGACGAUAAGCUGCCCGAGUCCGAUGGCGGCAUCUCCCCGGUGAUUAGCAACCCGAAAGAUGAUAUCGACCCAAAGGAAGAGAGAGCUUUUAGCAAUGCGUAUGUAUCCGGAAUGAAGGAGGACCUGGGCUUGUUCGGCAAUGAACUCAACUACUUCACAACUUUCUUCAACAUUGGAUACAUGAUCAUGCUGUACCCUUCAUGCAUCAUUAUCUCUCACUUUGGUCCUUCCCGGUGGUUACCCGCCUGCGAGGUCUAUGGUCUUCGCUUCCUGAUCGGAUUCUUUGAGGGUACCGCUUGGCCUGGAUACUUUACCCUCAUUAGCCAGUGGUACAUGCCUCACGAGGUCGCCUUACGCAUGAGCCUCUACAACAUUGCACAGCCAGCUGGCGCCAUGCUUUCUGGUGCUAUGCAGGGAGCCCUUUCAACCAACUUUGAGGGUCUCCAUGGCCGGUCUGGUUGGCGUUGGGCUUUCAUUAUCAAUGGUGUCUGUACCAUCGCUGUCGCCAUUGCCGCCUUCUUCAUCCUCCCUGGCUAUCCUGAACGCCCAAACCCUCUUGCCAAGUUCUACAUGAAGCCUAGACACAUCGAAAUCGCUCUGGCGCGUGCUCGUCGGGUUGGUCGUAAGCCACAGAUCGGCAUCACGCCAAAGUCGUUCUUGCGAUGCUUCACUUUCUGGCAGUUAUGGGCGUUUGCGAUCGCGUGGUCCAUCGGUGGCAACUUCACCCCAGCUAGCUACUUCAACCUAUGGCUCAAGUCUCUAAAGAACGCUGAUGGUUCAGUCAAAUACUCCGUUGCUAUGAUUAACUACCUGCCGAUCAUCGGACAGGCUGUCCAGCUCGUAGCAGAACUGUUGUUCAGCGGUUUAAGUGACUAUUUUGGUGUUCGACUGCCAUUUUUGCUUCUUCAUUCUGCCAUCAACAUCACUUCUCAGAUCAUUCUCAUUGUACGGCCUAGCAACCAGCAGGCUUACAUGGCCGGCUGGUACAUGAAUUACAUUGGAGCUGUUUCCACGAUGCUUCUUUGCUCUUGGGCAUCAGCACAUCUCCAAGGCGAGCCCCAAGUACGUACGGUACUCUUCGCGAGCGGCACCAUCCUGUCGUAUCUCAUGAGCGCCUUCAUCCCUAUCGCAGCUUUCCCAGCAUCCGAGGCCCCUCACUGGCGCAUCGGAUCUAAGCUCUAUCUUGGAUUUGCCCUUGUGUCUAGUGUGAUGUUCGUCGGAAUUCACUUUGCGUUCAAGUGGGAAGAGAAAAGAAAGGCAAAGGACGCAGUCAAGGAAGGCUUGACAGGGGAGCCGGAUAAUGCAGAUGCCGGUGUCAAGUCGGUGAUCGAGGGGCCAAACAGCACAUCCGCGGAAACGAAGACACUGGGAAAGUUUCAUGAUAGACCUCAGUAG